CACUUGCAGAGGAAGUAGCAAACGUUAGCUAACGUUAGCUAACAAGUUGAAUCCUGCAGAGGGGCCACGUGAGCACAGAGCAUCAUGUCCGAUGUGGAAGAGGAUGAUAUUGCACACGGGGAGUCAGAGGGGGAAGAGGCAAUGAAAGACGAGGAGGGGGAGAAAGAGGAAGAAGAGGAGGAGGAGGAGGCUGCAUCUGAACAAGAAGAGCAGGUAGAGGCGUGUUCACUGACUAAGGAAAUGAUAGAGCAAGGUCUAUCUUUACUGUGUCGCACUGGGAAUGGUCUGGCCCAUGCCUUUGUCAGGCUGGAUCUUAAAGACAGGCGUCUGACAGAUCUGACGCUGAUCAGUUCCUUUGUCCACCUACGGUUCCUUGACCUCUCCUCCAACUGCCUGUCGGACCUCUCCCCAAUUGCUGCCCUUGCCGAGCUGCUCUGGCUGAAGGUGGAUGGAAAUCUAGUUCAGGGCUUCAAAGGCCAGAAUCUGGGCCAGCUGACAUACCUGCAGUGGCUCAGCCUCGCCCUAAACCGUAUCUGUGACACAGAAGGGAUGGGAGGGGCUGCUCUGGAGAGCCUCAACCUCAUUGGUAACAAUAUCCAGCGCAUCUCGGGGCUAGAGUAUGGCAGGCUGACGAAUCUGGUGACGCUCGAGUUGAGAGGAAAUCGGCUGGAGAGCACAGACGGCAUCUACCUGCCCAACCUGCGCAAGCUCUACCUGGCCCAGAAUGGGAUCAAACGACUGGAGGGCCUGGACAGACUGGAGCAUCUCACCACUCUGCACCUAAGGGACAACCAGCUGGAGACGCUGGAUGGCAUAAGUCCCAAUAUGAAGGCCCUGCAGUACCUAAACAUCAGGGGUAACCGGGUGUCUUCUCAGCGGGCGCUGCACAGCCUGGGCGAGGUGGCAGGGACCCUGCGGGCGCUGGUGCUGAUGGAGAACCCGGUGGCGGACGGCGAGGACUACCGCCUGCUGGUGCUCACCCGUCUGCCGGCGCUGGAGAGGCUGGACAAGGAGGAGGUCUCCCCUGACGAGAGGGCGGAGGCCAAGGAGAGACUCGGGGUCAGUGGGAAGGAGGGAGGGUGGGGGAUAUGA